AUGGGGGAGAAGUUCUUCAACCCCUGCCUCGUCCACGCUGGGGCGAGGAAGAACGAGCGCAAUGUCUUCUGCCUGGACUGCUGCACUAGUUUCUGCCCCCACUGUCUCCCUUCCCACCCACCUCAUCGUCUCCUCCAGGUGACAAUUCAUAGCCAGCAAAUCUGUCCAUUCUCCCUCCCUGGAGAAAAUUAGGCGCUUCCCGCUCGAGUUUUUGAAUCCGCUCUUCCAAUUCUCGCCAGAUUAGAAGAUAUGUGUACCAGGACGUGGUUCGAGUAGACGACCUGGGGAAGCUCAUCGACUGCGAAUUUGUCCAGGUGAUCUCCCCAUCUUGGAUUGGAGCUCUGGCUCAUCCGCAAUCUUCUGGUCUUGUUCUUCCUCGCUGAGAUGAAUUCACCAUUACUGGUGAUCUGAAAUAUGUGGCAGUCAUACACGACAAACAGCGCCAAGGUCGUCUUCAUCAGCGAGCGGCCACAGACGCGGCCCUUCCGCGCCUCGGCCAACAUCUGCAUCAGCUGCGACCGCUCUCUGCAGGAGCCCUACCUCUUCUGCUGCCUCUCCUGCAAGGUAGGCCCGUGGGUUCUGGUCCUUCGCCGCCGCGGGCCAUCGUGGUCUAUUUGUUGUUCCUGACGGUGGUGGGGGUUUCCGCCGCAGGUGAAGCACCUGAUGAAGACGGAGGGCGCCCUCUCGAAGCACCUCUACCAGUGCGACUUUCUCCCGCUGCCCAAUUCCUGCGAGCUCGACAUGGACGGCCAGCUCACCCCCGACUCGGUCCUUGACUCCCCGAUUCUCUCGUCCGCCUCCAGUGCCAGCGGCGGAUGGCCCGGUUGCCGGGCGGUGGCCUGCACUGCCGGCACGGAGUUCGUUAGGAAGAAGCGGAGCAGCGUGGGUGGCAGCGCUCCGCCGCCGCGCCCGGCGCCGGUCUCCCUCUGCGCGGAGCCGCCGAGUCGUCGGAAGGGCGUGCCGAACAGAUCGCCGCUGUACUGA